AUGGAUGCUACAUCCAUUGUUGCAGAAGCAGUCAACAACCAAUUUAGUGGGUUGAGUGUUGAGGAAAGCAAUGCUAAUGUUCCAGUCAACCACAUUGGAUCAUCAUCGGUAUCAGAAGUUGGUGCUUCGUCUAGAGAUGCAAUGCUUAUAAAAGCUGGUGUCAACUUGAAAGAUUUUGUGGUGGACAAGUCGACUUAUGUCAUGCCCAGAUCAGAGCCUCAUGCCCAGAUUAGAGCCUCUUUCUAUCCAAAGGUUGAGAAUGAAAAGACUGACCAAGAGAUAAGAACACGGAUGAUUGAGGUGGUAUCUAAAGGGCUGGCAACGCUGAAGGUCUCUCUAAAGCAUUCAGGCUCUCUCUUCAUGUACGCUGGCCACACCGGUGGAGCAUAUGCAAAGAACAGUUAUGGUAACAUUUUUACUUAG